AACAGUGAAACAUCUGUCGCCUCGCUCUCCAGUAUGAAUUGCGCCUGGGCUCCGGACUGAAGACACACAGGCAUCAGGCAGGCAGGCAGGUUGGUACGGUGCGGCACGGAGCGAAGCGGAUACGGGAUGCGAACAGAUGACGGCGGAUCAUGAGAGAAAGUGGCGAGGGACGCACUGAGCCGCAGAGAUAAGACAGCGCGCCACAAAAAUGAAGGCACUUAUGCGUCAUGGGGUCGCCUUGCUGCUCGGGCUGCUCCUGUUCGCCAGCUUGUUCCUCGUGUACAACAACAGCUCCACCAGCGGAGCUCCAUCCAGGGACUCUAACGACACGCACAUCCGACAGCAUGAACAUCUGCGGUUUCCCACUGAAGCUCCCGCCAGGGUGGCCAAGCCUCACCCCCCGGCCCUCCAGGGAUACAUCGGCAUCAUCGACCAUAAG